CGGCGGAGGCGGCGGGGAGCAGAGUCCGGAGCGCCGGGAAAAGCAUCGGACACUCUUCCACCAUGCUGAUGGUAUUUUAAAUAUAUUUGCCGAUUUUCCCAAAUUUUAACUGAAGAAGACCUUAAGAAUUUAUCCUCGAGGCGGAAAGUGUAACUGCCACUUAUCAGGCUUUCAGGAUGAAUCUGGAAAAACUCAGCAAGCCUGAACUCCUAACGCUAUUCAGUAUUCUUGAAGGAGAGCUUGAAGCAAGGGACCUUGUGAUAGAGGCUUUAAAGGCCCAACACAGAGAUACUUUCAUUGAAGAACGCUACGGGAAAUAUAACAUCAGUGAUCCUUUAAUGGCUCUGCAGAGAGACUUCGAGACGCUGAAGGAGAAGAACGAUGGCGACAAGCAGCCGGUCUGCACAAACCCACUCUCCGUCCUGAAGGUGGUGAUGAAGCAGUGUAAGAACAUGCAGGAGCGCAUGCUGUCGCAGCUGGCGGCCGCCGAGAGCAGGCACCGCAAAGUGAUCCUGGACCUUGAGGAAGAAAGGCAGAGGCAUGCGCAAGACACAGCUGAAGGAGAUGACGUCACCUACAUGCUGGAGAAAGAGAGAGAGCGGCUGACUCAGCAGUUGGAAUUUGAGAAGUCCCAAGUGAAAAAGUUUGAGAAGGAGCAGAAGAAGCUGUCCAGUCAGCUGGAGGAGGAGCGCUCCCGCCACAAGCAGCUCUCAUCCAUGCUGGUGCUCGAGUGCAAGAAAGCCACCAGCAAGGCGGCCGAGGAGGGCCAGAAGGCGGGCGAGCUGAGCCUGAAACUGGAGAAGGAGAAGAGCCGGGUGAGUAAACUGGAGGAAGAGCUGGCGGCUGAGAGGAAGCGAGGCUUGCAGACGGAGGCCCAGGUGGAGAAGCAGCUGUCCGAGUUCGACAUCGAGCGAGAGCAACUGCGAGCAAAACUGAACCGAGAAGAGAACCGCACCAGAACCCUGAAGGAAGAGAUGGAGAGUUUGAAGAAGAUAGUGCAGGAUCUGGAGGCUUCUCACCAGCACAGCAGCCCUCCUGAGCAAGCGAAGAAGCCGGUGACCAUGUCUAAAGGCACGGUGACCGAGCCUCCUGUGCUGGUGUCUGUGUUCUGCCAAACCGAAAGUCCGCAGGCAGAAAGAACCCAGGGGAGCAGCGCAGCCAAGGGGACAGCCACUGGGCUACCUGGUCCUGCCACUCCUACUUACGCGUAUGCAAAAGCCAAUGGCCAUUUUGAGCCGGAGAUGCAGACUGCCCGGGAGCCAGGGGCAGGCAGCAGCAUAGAAAACCAAGUGCCUCCACGAGAGAGAUCUGUGGGGUCUCUGGGGUCGGCCCAAGAGAAAGCAGUGGAGAAUGGCGGGUGUCCUGUGGGAAUCGAGACUCCUGGCCCAGCACCUGGUCACCUCCCGUCCAGUGGGGGCUCACUGUCUCCCAGCAGCACGGCCUCCUCCUCCCUCACGUCCUCUCCUUGCUCCUCCCCAGUGCUAACUAAGCGCCUGCUGGGGUCGUCAGCCAGCAGCCCCGGCUACCAGUCAUCCUACCAAGUAGGGAUCAACCAGCGGUUCCAUGCAGCCCGGCACAAAUUUCAGUCUCAAGCAGAUCAGGACCAACAGGCCAGUGGUGUGCAGAGCCCCCCAUCCAGGGACCUGUCUCCCACCCUCAUAGAUAACUCUGCAGCCAAGCAGCUGGCCCGCAACACCGUCACUCAGGUGCUCUCCAGAUUCACCAGCCAGCAAGGGCCGAUCAAGCCUGUCUCCCCCAAUAGCUCUCCCUUUGGCACAGACUAUCGGAAUCUGGCCAACACCGCCAGCCCAAGAGGCGACGCCAGCCAUUCCCCGACUCCAGGGAAAGUGUCCAGUCCGCUGAGCCCUCUGUCUCCAGGGAUUAAGUCCCCCACCAUCCCCAGAGCUGAGAGAGGAAACCCUCCACCCAUCCCGCCCAAAAAACCUGGCCUCACCCCUUCUCCAUCCACUACCACUCCACUGACCAAAACUCAUUCCCAGGCCUCCUCUUUGGCCACCACAGAAGACCUAGCCGUCAGCUGCUCUUCCCCGGCUGUCGUAGCUAAUGGCAAGGACGUGGAGAUACUCCUGCCCACCAGCAGCUAGUCCCUCUCAGGAGUCUCCACGGCUGACAUUCCACCAGAUUUCGUCCAAGAGCUCAGAGUCCAACCGUUGAGUCAGAUCAUGUUAUUUAUUUUGAUAGUAGCUGGAACCAUCUGUAGAGUCCAUUUAGUGUUUUUCGCCUUUUUGUAUUUUUUUUUAAGUAGAAACUGAGUCCUUCAGAUUUUUAUGCCUCCCACCUUUGUACUAAAGCUAGAAGGGCACCUCAAAGACGUCUCAAGCUGAGCAGUCACCAUCUCAUUGUGAUGGAGAAGGCUAACUGAGGACCAGCUGGUGAUUUGCUGUCUAUUUGGGGACUGGAAUCACUCAACACUCACGGUGAAUUAUGCAGAAGUGGUUUGCGCAGAUUUUUAUUCCAGAUGUACAUGUUUCAAAAGUGCCUGAAAUAAGACUGCCACAUGAAUGUGAUUCUGCAGCGAAAACACAGAGUGGAUCAUUUAAUUACAGAAAAUGAGAUCCUCCGUGAAUCCUGAAUGUUAAAAACCAACACUGCUUUUAAUCCUCUUUUACUGUUUUUCAUAUAAGCUUUGUGUUCAGAAACCAGGCUGCAUCAGUAGAACGGGAAUUGGAAAAAGGUGGAUGUGACCUCGCCACCAAGCCAAGCUUUCUAGAGCCCUUGAGAAUCCCUCCUGAGCAGGAAGCAGCUGGGGUGCUGAUUUUUCUCAUACUUCUGAAAAAUUAAGUCACUUGCAGUGUCCUGCGGCAGUUCUUGAAUAGAAUGAAAUCACCUCUCCAUUCAAAAAAUGUCUUCAGGCAUCUACUGUUGUGUAAGGAACUUCUGAUUCCGAUUACUAUUACUUGAAUAGGAAAUGGUUACUUGUUCUGUAUAAAAAAAAAAAAAGGUUUGCAACAGAAUGAGAUCUUUAUUAUGUAAUCAAAGAGCAAUAAUUUAAAAUUCAUUGUCUUUGUAAUAUUAUGUCAGAAUUAUACAGGUUUUACCAAAUUGUUACACUUACUCUCGGAGCUGCCAGCACUUGGUGUCUGUAUCUGUGGAACCAAAUUAACUUUUCCCUAAAUGGAAGUAUACAUAGAUCUGUAUAGCUACACAGCCUUUUACGUGUCUGACAUACACACACUUAAACACAUAAAUAUUAGUGUGAUUAUAUCUUUGGAGUUUGCAAUAUAGCAUAAAGGGCGAGUAGAAAUGCACAUUAAGAUUACCUAACAGAGCAACUCGAUGUGCCUGGGACCCAAUCGGUCAAAGGAGGAAUCUUGUCCACAGGGAUGGG